AUGGCACCCACACAAUUAGACAUUAAGAUUAAGGCCUUGAAGAGACUGACCAAAGAGGAAGGUUAUUACCAACAGGAACUAAAAGACCAGGAAGCUCAUGUGGCGAAACUAAAAGAAGAUAAAUUGGUUGAUCCGUAUGAUUUGAAGAAACAAGAAGAAGUUCUUGAUGACACUAAAAGACUGCUGCCUACCUUGUAUAAGAAGAUCGGAGAAUUUAAAGAGGAUCUAGCGCAAUUUUUAGAGACAUACCAAGGUACUGAAGAUAUAGGUGAUGCAGAGUCAGCUAUCAUUUCCGCCCAGGAAUUACUCGCUUCUAAGUAA